GAAUACCUACUCCCCCACCUCCACCAACUCUAAAUAAUAAGCAGGAUAAUUCCGAUGAAGGAUAUGAGAGUGAGAGUGAAAAACCUAACAAAGUCAAAGAAUUAGAACAAGCCCUCCAAGAGGCUAACCACCAAACCAUCAAAUAUUUACAGGAAUUAGCAAAAUCCUUACAAAAUAAUAAAGAACAACCAACUUUCAACUGCUACCACUGCUCCCAAACCCACCCCCUCUCUUUAUUAGUGAUUGAAAUCCCCGACAAAGAUGCUGGCAAUAUCAUAAAUAAAGGUUCUAAUACUAACCAAACUAACGAACAAAAACAAAUCAAUUCUCAAUCGGUUCCCAUUUUCUCUAAUGUUGACUUAACUGCUAGCCAAUUUGGAGGUUUUCAACGACAACAACAAUUAGCCACUAAACAAACCGAACAAGGACAGAAUAUUUCGGCUGGGAGUUCGAACCGAACUACGGCUAAACAAAAUCUAACCAGUAAAGAAUUUUACCGACAAAAUAAAGAUGCCAAUGUCUCCAUUACCAAACAAGAUGCUUAUGAGUUAAAUAGUGUGAAAAGAUUAAAGAUAUUAUUAAAGAAAACCGAAAAGGAAUAUAAUAAACUCCCUGAUACUUCCAACCGAAAACCAAGAAUAGCAUUGAGAUUAAAGGUUUUAGAGGGUUGUAUUAAGGCUUAUGAACCUGAAUAUAUUGAAUUACCCACCCCUGAGGAAUUCCUAGCCCGAAUAAAAGGAGAAGUAGAAGGCUACACCCGAGUAAUUGGCUAUGAAAACAUUAUUGAAAUCGUAGCCAAAUAUUUAAAAUCCUAUCAUUUUGCUAAAAAAUAUGGCACUCCUCCCCCAGUUCAAUUAAUGAUUAUGUUAUUGGGAGAACCAGGAUUAGGUAAAACCUAUAUCUCCCAAGCCAUAGCCAAAGCCUUAGGAAGAGGUUUCCAUAUGGUUGGUAUGAAUGGGAAAUUAAAUGCUUCUCUAAUUACUGGGACUAAUAUAGAAAACCCAGGAGCAGAACCAGGAGAAGUAUUAAAGGCCAUUAGUCGAAGAGAAGAUAGAGGCUGUGUCAUAGUUUUUGACGAAAUAGAAAAAGCAGCCCGAGAAUGUAAAGAGGCUUGUGGUAUUCCUACUGAUAUCACCACUAAUAAAAAUUACCAAGACACUUUUUUAGACUUCCCAUCUCCGACUAAUGAAUGUAUUUUUAUUGCCACGGUAAAUAGACCGGAGGAUGUUCCUAAUUUUGUAGCCGACAGAUUUGCCAUUCGAGUGGAAGUUUUGCCCUUAGCCUAUCAGCAAAGGUUAGAAGUGGUGAGGGUAGUUUUACAAUCUGAAUUAAAGAAAUUAGAACCUGCUUUUGAGAAAAUUUAUCGUAAAAAGUGA